AUGAACACGCUCACGUUGGUACAACUUCGUGGCUUCCUGUCCCAGAUGCGGCACCACGAGGAGGAGCAUGCUUCGGUCACGAAGCUCUCCGUUCUGGGGAUCGCCAUGCAGGCUCUCAUGGAUGCUUUCGAUUCCUUCCUUCACCUGAGUGUGGCAGCGCCAGUGCAGGCACUGAACACGUACAACUUCGCGGUGGUCUCGAUGCUCAAGUUUUCCCUUUUCGCUUUGGUUGAGGUGCGCUACCUCUUGCUGAUUUGGAGGCAUCAUCACCAGCACGUCUUUGCAGAAGGUUGGGAGACUGUGCGGCAAGAGCUGUCGCGGGUCUAUGCACAGUUCUAUGGUGCAUUGAUUGGAGGACUUGUUUUCAUCUUCGUCGCCUCGGACUACUUGGACAUUGUGGCGCUGGCAAUGCAGGCAUACUGGGUUCCGCAAAUACUUCAUGAUGUGAGGCAUGGCUCCAAGAACUCCUUCACGCGACGAUUCAUCAUCACAAUCGCGGUAACUCGCACUUUGGAGUUCCUCUACCUUUGGGGAUGUCCCGCAGGCCUUUUCAACGGCGACAUCUACCCUCAGCUACCUGGGACGCAAUCGUUUCAGCUUUGUGCAGCUGCGGUUUGCCUCCAGACCGCGCAGGUGGCAGUGAUGCUGUCACAGCAGCGGCUCGGGCCCAGGUGGUUCGUGCCAUGGCUCUGCCUCCCUCACGUGUACAACUACCGUCGGACUGCGCAGGCCGAUGUGGGUACCGAGUGUGUCAUCUGCAUGCUGGAAAUCACUCCCGAGGAUGGAUCUCACAUCGUCACCACACCCUGCGACCACCGCUUCCAUGACUCGUGCCUGGAGAGGCCGGAAAUCGAUUCCAGGUGA